AUGACUCUCCCAGAUCAGAGUAAUUUAGUAAGAUGGGGUAAAGGUACCGAAAAAACUUGCUAUAUCUGCGGAAAGGCAGUUGGAACUGCCAAGCAUUUGCUGGUGGGAUGUAAGGUUCUCCUGGACAGCGGUCAAUACUCGCGUCGCCACGAUAGGGUUUUAGAGAUCAUACGUGAAGCGGUUAGUCUUUCGGUAGCCAGAGCGCAAAGGGAAAUAACCACAAACGAGCGAUCAAUAGGUUUUGUGAGAGAGGGCACCAGGGCUAUAAAAUCAAACGUCAAGCCUUACUCUAUCCUUAAAGCGGCUUCCGAUUGGACUAUCAUGAUGGAUACGUAUGAGAAACAAUACAAAAUCCCCGAGGAUAUUUGUGCGUCGGCCUCCAGACCAGACAUAUUUCUAUAUUCGCGUAUUUUAAAGCGCGUUGUGAUGAUAGAGCUUACGGUGCCUUGGGAAACCAACAUCCCCAAAGACCAUGCCAUCAAGGUCAAUAAGUAUUACGAGCUCACUAACGAACUAACUCGAAAUAGGUUCGUCGUUGAUUUGUACGCGGUAGAGGUGGGAGCGAGAGGUAUAACAGCUAAAUCUCUCUAUAACCUACUAAAAGACUUGGGCCUGUCCAGAACUAACAUUAAUUCAUUCUUAGAACGUACGUCGAAGGCAGCCCUAGUAGGUUCUUUUCAAAUUUGGUUAGGUAGGGAGAGGAACUUGGACAGUGGAGUCCGAGAGGGGGGGCGGAAGAUCUGUCCACCGGUCGAUUUAAACGGCGAAAACGGCGCGAAUACGGACUUGAAAUGCCCUACGUGCGGGAAAAAUUACAAGAGACGAGCCUGGUACAUUAAACACCUAAAAACACAUAAUGGUGUUGAAGCACGACAAUCGUUGGUAAGUUCUUCAAUUAUCACUUCGGAUAGAGUUGACCCUCACGUAUCCCAUGGUGAACCAUUAACUGGAAACCACCAGGAGUCCAUUAACAUCCGGACACGUCUUAGCAUUCCUAACAUGAAACAAUCGACUUGGAAAGUUCACGACGACAAUCUAGCGGUCCUGUUAGAGCAUCCGGGCUCGAAGCAGGAAUUCAACUCGCAGGUAGAAACUUUCCAGAAUACCGUUUAUGACUACUUCAACGAGCAAUAUCCACCACCCAAAGCUCUAGGCGACAACCACCUUAGUCAUCAGCUAGCUAGGGCGUUAAGGUCAAUCCUUAAAUUAAUUCAAGGAAUAUCGGCACAAACUGCAGAAUAUCGCGGUAAUUUUGACCGGGCCAAACAGGAAGUAGAUUUUGAUAAAAACCCUUUUGAGUAUUCGAAAACCAUUUUUAAGAAAGAACGCGGACAGCUUCUCUUGACCAACGAUCAAAUUUACGACCAUUUCAAGAGCACAUACGAAGUGCCUAAAAGUGUAAGGCUCUAUACGGAUCCAAACGAACAAAAACCGGAAAUUCCUCAUAUCGAUUUUCACGGCAUACCACCAACGUUAGACGAAAUAAGUAGUCACAUAAAGAGGAAAUCAUCUAAAUCUGCACCGGGCCCCGAUGGUAUCCCAUAUAUAGUCUUUAAAAAAUGUCCAUCGGUUCGUAAACACCUCAUAAAUAUAUACGGCAAAAUCUGGUCAAGGAAGCAAAUCCCGGAGUGUUUCGGGAAAGCAAUGUUUGUCCUCAUUCCCAAAAAAGAUCGAGUUACCGAUCCGAAAGAUACUAGACCGAUAGCCUUAACAAAUACAAUAUCUAAAAUCUUUUUCUCGGUCCUACAAACGAGAAUGACGCGAUUCAUGCUCAGCAAUAAGUAUUUUAGGCCAAAUCACCAGAAAGGGUUUCUACCCGGGAUUUCUGGAUGCCUAGAACACAACACCUUGCUGUCGGAGAGUUUGAAAGAUGCUAGGAAAAGCGAGCGGCAAAUUACAGUUUGUUGGAUAGACUUGGAGAACGCGUUCGGGUCGAUACAACACGAGUUGAUGCUAUUCGCGCUUAGAUGGUAUAACUUUCCACCCUUAGUUAGCGAUAUGAUUGCGUCGUAUUACUCAAAAUUAAAGUUUUCUAUUAUAACUAAAGAAGGCCCUUCAAAAAGUUUGAGUUACAAUGUAGGACUAUUCCAAGGGUGCUGUUUAUCUCCAAUAGUAUUUAAUAUUGUAAUCAAUAUCCUAGUAGAUAAACUUAUCAGCAAUGAGAAAAAAUGGGGGUAUCGGUUUAAGUUCAAUAACAAAUACACGGAAUCCAUUUUAGCCUUCGCUGACGAUCUCGCAAUACUGACACGUCACCCCAAACACUGUCAAGUACUAUUGGAUGAAGUGGAUAAAUUCUGUGAGUGGACGGAUGGAUUGAGGACAAAACCAAGUAAAUGUCACUGUCUGUGUCUUGGUAGGCGGAAUACAAGAUACACCUCAUACGAUCCGGGACUAUCGAUAGGCGGUCAAUGCGUUUCUACGGUUACGGAAAAUGCACCAUUCAAGUUUCUCGGUCGUAAGAUUGAUAAUAUAGGUCGUACUCCAUCUUUAGAAGGAAUAGUAGAUAGCUUUUUAAAUGAUCUCAACAAGGUAGAUAGCCAGCAGAUCAGUAACGUAAAAAAAGCAUGGAUCUACGAUAAUUACUUAACUUCACGUUUGAAUUGGCCUUUCCUCGUCUAUGAUUUUAGUAAAACCCUUUUAUCUAAAUUAGAUGCAGGCGUCAUAAAGAUGUUGAAGUUGUGGCUCGGGCUCGCGCUAACGGCUGAUUCAUCGGCUUUAUUCAGGGAUCGUAAUAGUUUUGGGAUGAAUCUAAAAAGACCAUCGGAGCUCUACAAACACCUAAGAGUUUCCAAGAGACAUAUCCUGGGAAAAUCCCAUGAUGACGUCGUUACAUCACUCCCAAAAGACAAUGAUGCCCCAGAGCUAGAGUCACGACUUCAAUUCCAUAAACAAUUUAUGAUCGGAGCGCAAAAUAACAGAGUAGGGUUAGGAUCAAGUAGGAAAGUCCAAGAUACGGAUAUAUUGAAGUCUUUUAUUCGGCAAGACGAGAACGAUAAAUACAAGAUCCAUGCAAUGAGUUUAGAAAUGCAGAACGAGUGGUUAGACAUAGGAGAUUUUUGCAUUCCACUAGCACUAAAAUGGCGCACCCUAAUUCAUGACUGGUCGCCAGCCUUGCUAAAAUUUUAUCUCAAUGCGUUCCAGAUGACUCUCCCAGAUCAGAGUAAUUUAGUAAGAUGGGGUAAAGGUACCGAAAAAACUUGCUAUAUCUGCGGAAAGGCAGUUGGAACUGCCAAGCAUUUGCUGGUGGGAUGUAAGGUUCUCCUGGACAGCGGUCAAUACUCGCGUCGCCACGAUAGGGUUUUAGAGAUCAUACGUUUUGUGAGAGAGGGCACCAGGGCUAUAAAAUCAAACGUCAAGCCUUACUCUAUCCUUAAAGCGGCUUCCGAUUGGACUAUCAUGAUGGAUACGUAUGAGAAACAAUACAAAAUCCCCGAGGAUAUUUGUGCGUCGGCCUCCAGACCAGACAUAUUUCUAUAUUCGCGUAUUUUAAAGCGCGUUGUGAUGAUAGAGCUUACGGUGCCUUGGGAAACCAACAUCCCCAAAGACCAUGCCAUCAAGGUCAAUAAGUAUUACGAGCUCACUAACGAACUAACUCGAAAUAGGUUCGUCGUUGAUUUGUACGCGGUAGAGGUGGGAGCGAGAGGUAUAACAGCUAAAUCUCUCUAUAACCUACUAAAAGACUUGGGCCUGUCCAGAACUAACAUUAAUUCAUUCUUAGAACGUACGUCGAAGGCAGCCCUAGUAGGUUCUUUUCAAAUUUGGUUAGGUAGGGAGAGGAACUUGGACAGUGGAGGUGAGCGUAUAACGCGCGUUAGUUAA